UCCAAAAAAAAGUACACAGUCUACACCAAGUCCUGACAGAAGUUCGAAAAAACUAAGUCGUCAGUUCGAGGCCUUACCGGUCCUAAAAUAGCAUUGCAAUGAACCCAAGUCAUGAAUACGAAUGUCGACUAUCGAGCCGCUGAUAGUUCCAAUAAUCAAACAGUAUCCAGAAGGAGAGAGGUGAGAUAAUCAUACACAGACAAAGAGGAAGGAGGGAGGAAAGACAAGAGAGAGGAAGUCACAAUGCCCACUCCUUCUCCGGGCUCCUUCCUUGAUCGCCACCUCACGGUAACCAGUAAUCUGAACACAGAAGUCCUGUCACAAUGUGCCACGUGGCACCUUAUCAGACCAUAAUCAGCGCUGGAGCCUUGUCAACAUGAAGAAUCCAGAUUUUGCAGCAACGAAUGCAAGGAGAGCUAUGGGGACUCGGUGACGUUGAACAACUGAACACCAUUUUGGAUUGCGUGCGUGCGCACAGUCUGCCAACCCCAUUCAAGGAGGAGCUCUUGGCCUUCAAGUCUUAUAUAGGGGCCUUGCUCGCCAUGAGAUCUGGGUAUGCAACAGUUGUGGGACCAUUGUUGACCCAUUGCCGGCACUUGAUCCGACGGCAUUCACUGGCUUUCCCUAUCCCUUUAGAUAUGAUCGAGAUGCAGGAACUAACUUAUGCAAUUUGCAGCGCGACGUGCCCUUCACCAGCUGUAGCUGUUGAUAGGCUGCAGACACUUGGAUCUUCCGCUGCAGCGUCACCCGAUAUAGCUGACGCUGCUCAGAGAUUCCUGCUGGCCAUGGACAUGCAGUCACGAUCGAUACUACAAAUGUCCGUUCCACCGCCCAAGGACUUAUCACUAAGUCCAGUUGCAGAUCAUAACACUCAGGUUGGUGCCGGUGCUAAUCUGAAAGUUGCAGAUGGCACCAAAAUGCAGCACAUGCAGGAUUUUGCAGAACCUGGAAGCCAAUUAUCCACACAUCCAUCCAGUGUGCAGCGAACUUAUCUAAGAAUAACAGAUCUGGGGAGUCCCAAGGAUGCUCAGAAUUUCCAGCACAGUUCAACUGUCUCCUCGAUUGGAGGUGUCUCAGCUGGCUCGGACCUCAGGGUCAAUAAACCACGCCCCUUCCAAGCCUUCGAAGACAAGUUCCUGCGAAGAUUUCUUAGAGAUGUGGAUGGAAAUGAGGUUGCAGAAGACUGGCUGGAUCCUCGGGAAAUAGAGCGAAACCUGGUUGUCCCGGUUGGCACAUCGUUCCCAUCUGGGGCAUCUAGGGACCACCCAUGUCUGUCCUGCAUUUCUCAGACCCCAAUUAAAGGGCCGGCAAUGUGUCUUGAAGAUGGGCUUUCACUGGCAACAUUGAGUGAGGCCAUCAUGUGGUCAAGAGUCAAUCCGUUCUCCCCAACAGGUUCAGGUCACUGGCUUGUAAUAAGAUAAUGACAGGUGGCCACCAUCAACUUGAUGCCAGCUCAGUUUAGGUAUCUCAUCCAGAGCACCUAUUUCCAUGGGCCUAUGUCAUGGCCAGACCCUUAUUUUUUAUUUUUGUUUUCACAUCUGCCGGCGGUGCCACAGGAGCUGGUAAGAGCAUCCCCUUGUGGUCCUCCCCUCAGAUGACUCCAGUCUAUUGGUGGGGCAGCUGCACCUGCUGGAAAAUGGCUCCAGUGUCAUGGCCAGACCCUACCACCGGUCCCAUGUUCAUCUUCACAAAGCACGAACCAACAUGUUUAUGUGAUAAGGUGAUCACACAUGGCCACCACUAACUUGACACCACCUCACUAGCUAUCGGCUGGAGAGCACCUACCUCCAUGGACCUAUGUUAUGGCCAGGCCACACCGGUCCUUCCUUCAUCUUCAGAAAGGAUGAGCCUGUUCAUAAAUUUCUACAUGGCACCAGUGUGGGUUGAGCCUUAGCUUAUUGUGCAAGAGCUUUUAGCAAUCUUGAACAGAGUUACGCUCUCUGAGCUAAUGCUCUUCAUGUACACGUCCUGAGAACAAGGUUCAUCGUUGCUUAGCGGAGAUUGCCGUAGGCAAUCAGUGUUCAUCAGCUUUAUCAUAUUCUGAUGUGGCAUUUCAAAAGUACCUGUCAUUACACAGUGUCUGCUGCUCCUACCUAUAUGGGGCCUGCAGAGGAGAAGGUAAAAUGGGCACAUACAGGUAUCAUUAUCCCUCUUCAUAUUUGAGAAAAAAAUAUGUAAGCCCUUUCGCAUACCAGUUUACUGAAGCCACUAUUGUGCACUUGAUGUGCCGUAUCUCGCAACCAAACAUCAUUUUGAGCUUGCUCUCAAGAAGGUCGGAUCCUGCAUGAAGUGCAGGUCCUCUCGGCGAUCGACCAUUCUUUCCUCUUUUAGUUUCCCCCCGGCAAAGGAUGCCUAAUAUGAUAUGCACACUACAGCUUACUCUCACGACACUGCAACAACCGGGUUGGUGCACCAUCGAUCAUUCAGAGGCUAUGACGACAGUGACAAUGGCGUUAAAGCACUGUCACUCAUCAUCGAGACAACAGAUAGAAGGGGGAAAUAAUGCAUGGCAUGGAAAAGCAAUGCAGUGGGGGGCUUGGCAGGGACAGCGUACCAUUAUUAGGGGGAGAACGUGGAAGGAUUGUAAUGAGAUAUGACAACAAAAAUUGCCUGAUGAUGACAAUAGUGACAAUGAUCAUGGUGAUGAUGCUGACGAUAAUGGAGAUGAGGGUGAUGAAGUUGACGAUGUUUGGUGAUGGAUGCAUACAUGCAUGAAUGUUGGUGGUCCUAGACAAUUGACUCAAUGCUGAAGACGCAUCAUGAAUGCGGAAGAUGCAUACUGACUGCUGAAGAUUGGAAGCAGAGUAUAGGAAAGAGAUGGUUGAUGACAUGUGGUUUGAUGGGAUUGUGCAAACUCUGACCAGAAUCGGAUGGGAUCCCUGCUCUCCAUCACGGAGUGAUUUCAUGUGUUUUUUUCAAACAUUCUCCCCAUCAGAUAGUGAACCCUGUUGAUAUCCUUGUAUGUAGACAAACACCUGUAGCUCCUCUUGAGAAUCAAAUAUUCACUGUACU